UGCAAAAUAGCAAAAAUUCUCGCGUUGCCAACAUAGUGUAAAAAUAGUGUAAUGAUGGUAUUGAAAUCAAUCUUCAUCUUGCAUAAAUGAAUGCCCUGUUUUCUGUGAGUAUCUGCUCUCAUUUUAGCAACGCUGGCUAAAAUGACCAGUCAACCAAAUUGCAAUGAAAGUGACUUCAGGAAGAGGCCACCAGACUGUGAAAUGGGCGAGCCUAAUGAAGUACGACCCAGCCAAACUUGGCACCAGAUGUUGCUGUAUCCAUCGCCUUCUUCCUCUCAGCUGUCCUAUGUCUCCGAAAUCCAAACGGAUGUUGGCAGUAGUCAACCGUCCACUCCAUUGCAACAACCGAUGCGACCAGGAAUGUUCGGUGAACUGCUGGAUGAGAGUGCCACCAAUUACGAUUCCGGCAACUUCUCUCUAUCCGAAUCUGGUGGCAAGGAAAAGCUAACCUUUGCCACGGCAAACACGGGCCAUGGAGAUAUGCAUCAGCGUUUCGUUCAGCUUAAUACCGAGCUUUAUCAGACUAAAACCGAGCUGCUUACGUACAAGUACAAGUGGAACGAAAUACGCAACGAGAUUGAACUAGGACUGAGUAAAAAGAUUGACAAACUGCUGGAUGAAAAAAGUGAGCUCGAGCAGGAACUUGAAGAGGUACGGAAGGAAAUAAAUCGUCUGAAGGCGUCACAACCAUCAGAGCAGAAUGGGCGAGAACUGUUACAGAUUCGAACCGAGGUAGAUGAAGUCACACUGGAGUUGCAGUGCAAACAACAGGCAAAUGACUGUCUGAAGCAAAAAAUAGUAGACCAACACGUUGAAAAGGAAAAUCUCGCCCUGAAGAUUACAUCCCUGGAACAUCAGCUGUUUGAUAGCCGAAGUGAGAUAAGUACCAUCAAAUCAACGGAGAAAUGGUAUAGAGAUGAAUUACAUCGGUGCCAAAAUGAAAAUGCCAAAUUAAAGAACUCGUAUGCCUCACUAGAGUCUUUACUGUUUAAGGAACGGAUGGAACAAGAAGCGACAAGAAAAGAAGCUUUGCGUUUGCGACAAGAGAUGGUUGAUGUACGGCGUGAAAUAAAUAGUGCCAAAGAAACGGAAGAGAUUAGAUCACGACCGACGACAGAAGAAUCAGCAGUACAGCAGAACACUUCCAUUGACCGUGUAGAAGCUUUGCUGAAAAAGAAUGAAUUUCUUGAAAACCAGAAUGCCAAUCUUCAUGCCGUUGUAUGUCAACUUCAUGAAUCAUUACGGAAACAGCAGCAACAACAUGAAGAAGUAGCCAAAAGGGAAAAGCAAGCCCUGCAGGACAUCGCCCGUCUUCGCGCACAUCGGGAACAAGACCAGACUAACAUUGAAACGCUUACUGCGCAGCUGGCGGCCGAAUGUUUCACCAAACGACAGAUAGAUGUCAGCGUGGAGAAACUGAAAGCGCAGGUGAAAGUUUUGUCGAUAAACUUCUCCACCCGCGAAAGCCAGCGGUUCGAUGUAAAGGAAUGUUGUGAAUCGCUACAGCAGCGUAACCAAGAUUUACAGGAGAAGUGUAAUCGGUUACUUAACGAACAGCAACGGUUAAAAAGCGAGUUAGCGAUGUGCACGGAAAAAGCCAACGUACGCCAGGAUGAUCUGCUGUUGAUGGAGAACUUCCGGAGCAUACAGUCAAAAAAUUUGAAUUUGGAACUUAAACUAGGUCAGUGUGUUAACGUUAGUAAAGGCAUUCAUGGAAUCGGGACAGGAAUACCACCGAUUGAUAUGGUAAAAAGAAGUGAAGAGACCAUUAGAACGUUGAAACAAGAUGUGCACGAGUUGGAGAAGACACUAUUUCCACAACCCUUGCAAAAGGAGUAUAAAACGGUUGGCAAAGAACGGAAGUGUCCAAAGCACGGCACUAGAUGCUGGGAGAACGUUUCUAAUUCAGGAUGUACAAAUGAUGAUGAAGGUGUGGAAAUCCGUAAUUUGCGCAUCAUGCUGAAAGCGAUCGACAGCGAAAACCGCCGUCGCAUGAAGCGUUACGAGCUGUACAAUAGGACCUUGUUGAAGAAGGUGAAAGAACACGCUCGAGAACGAAAGCAGGCCGAACAACGUGUCGUAGAAUUACUGAAGGAGCAUGAAAAAUGCGCCACUCUGCGCUGUGAAAUGUCAUCUGCGAGGGAGCGCUGUUUGCUUAUGGAAGCAGAUUUAGAAAGCUACAAACAGGAAGGCGCUACGCUACGGUCGGAGAAAGAUCGAUUGAUAAAUCUUCUGGAUAACAACUGUCUACUGACAAACGAUGGAGAUAUUUGGGGAUCGCUGAAACGAGCGUUCAAAGAACUGCAUGAACUGAGACGUGCACGGAAAGAGAAUGUACGGCUGCACGAAGAAUUACAGCGAAAUGCGACCAAGAUCGGCCAACUGGAGACCUCCAUUGCCGACUGGAAGUUAGCCGCCGAUGCGCUCUCAGCGGAAGCGGAUGAUGUGCGAUUUGAGCUGGCCGAGAAAGUGAAGCAGUUGGCGGAAUCACAACAGACGCUGCUAAAAAUCACUGACGAAAACUCAUCGUUGGAACAGAGUGUUUCGUUGGCCGAACAGAAUGAAAAGAAUCUCACCAGCAAGUUGCACGAGCUACAGCAAUUGGUAAAGGUGCAAGCAAUUCGUCUUGACACAGCUAACGAACGGUUGAAGCUCUACGAACAGUCGGAAGAGAUGAUACUGGCCGCAAAAGAAACUUUCCUUACCGAUUUGCAAUCGCUGCAGGAUGCGAUUCUUCUGGAAAAGCAAGAGAAGUACGAGCUGGAGGAAGAAGUGCGCGAACUACGGCAGAAUAUGGUUAACGCGGUUGGAAACAGUUUACAGAAUUUCCAACCACGAGACAUUUCUACCGAAGGAAGCGGACACCUUUCCGCGGCAGUAAUGAGCCCCGAGGUGCAAUCCCUUUCAUUGUCUUGCAACAGCCUGGACGUCGAUCAUCUGCGCGCACUCGUAGAGCAGAGCUCCCAGACACGAUAUUCACUGCAACCCUUGCACGAGUGUGUUUCUUCGCUGAAGCUGGAAAUGAACAAUCUUAGUACUGUGUUACAAUUUGCUAAUCAGCAUCUUCCGCAACAGCAGCCACAACAGCAACAUCAGCGGUUUCCACUGUCUCUGAUGGAUGAGCUAAACGAUGCUACCAACGGUCGUUAUGGGAGUAGAUGAGU